AACCCGGGUUGACCAUUGGUUGACGGUUUUGUGUUUGUUUGUUAUUAUUAUCUAUAGUAGUCUGUGCGUGCGGUGAAUGGAAUUGCCUGCGGCAUCGCGGCGCUGCUAAGUGUUAUCGAAUAUUAUUGUUUCUAAUAAAAAAUACAUAAUCACUAAACUUCACCGUGGAUUAGACCGGUUUCAUAGGACAAAAGUUAUGAUUUAAAUCAAGGACUUCAGACGAAAAAGUGAAAAGUUUAUGUAAUUUCUAUAAUGCAUUGAUAUGUAAAUGCAUAUAGCGUCGAGAGUAAACAGAUAGAUCUCUUAAUAGUUUCCCAUAAUCCAGUGGUAAUAAUUAGCUUGUAGGCGGUAGGUUUAUAAGGUAUGGUCGUGUUAUCGAUACUGCAUAUGCGCGCCUGAACACAAAGGAUGGCGGCCGGGACCGGCUGGCCGGCGGCGCUGCUGCUGGCGCUGCUCGGCUCGGCGACCUCCGCCUCGAGCGCAGGGCCGGAGGCGGACGAGGAGAGCGGCUCGCCCGCGCCCUGCGCCGCGCCGCAGUUCGCGUGCGCCGACCAGCUGCGCUGCCUGCCGCCGGCGUGGCGCUGCGACGGCCGCGCGCACUGCGCCGACGCCUCCGACGAGCUCAACUGCACCAACCCCAACCCUUCAUGUCGCGGCGACGAGUUCCGCUGCGCCGUCAGCAACUUCUGCCUGGCGCCGAGCUGGCGCUGUGACGGCGAGCCGGACUGCGGCGCCCACGACGCCUCCGACGAGGACCCCUACAUGUGUCAGAAGGACUUCAAGUGCCGCGGCAACAGCGCGCGCUGCGUCACGCCCGUGGAGGGGCAGUUCACGUGCGUGCCCGUCAGCCAGUUCUGCGACGGCGAGCGGCAGUGCCCCGACGCCAGCGACGAGUGGGACAUCUGUGACAACUUCACGGCGGCGGACUGCGGCGCGCUGCGCUGCGAGCUGGGCUGCCGGCCCACGCACGCCGGCCUCGCCUGCUACUGCCAGCCGGGCUUCGAGCCAGACGCCGCUGGACGCUGUGUUGACACGGACGAGUGCGCGUGGGAGGACGCGUGCGCGCAGCGCUGCAGCAACACGCGCGGCUCGUACGAGUGCGCCUGCGCGGCCGGCUACCGCCUGCACGCCGACCGCCGCGACUGCCUGCCCAUCAACGAGCCCGAGGACGAGCCGCUGUCGCUGAUCGUGGUGACGACGGAGGGCGUGCGGCGCGAGUGGCCGGACGGCGGCGCGCGCUCGCGCAACCACUCGCUGGCGGCGCUGAACGUGCGCGCGCUGGACUUCGUGCACGCCGAGCGCAGCGUGUGCUACGUGCACCACAACCUGAGCAAGUCGGGCAUCGUGUGCGUGGACGCGGACGACUUCGCGCGGCGCCGCUCGCUGGGCGCGCCGCCGCUGUUCCCCGACGUGGCGGGCGCCAGCCACCUGGCGCGCGACUGGGUGGCGGGCAACUGGUACGUGGUGGACGGCGCGCGCGAGGCGCUGUACGUGUGCUCGCGCGCGCUGGCGCACUGCCGGCUGCUGCUGGACGCGGCGCUGGGCAAGGUGCACGGCUUCGCGCUGGACCCGGGCGCGGGGCUCAUGUUCUGGACGGUGUGGGGCGCGGCGCCGCCGGCGGUGGAGCGCGCGGCGCUGACGGGCGCGGCGCGGGCGGCGGUGGCGCGGCUCAAGCUGGUGUACCCGUCGGCGCUGGCGCUGGACCCGGCGGCGCGGGCGCUGUACUGGGUGGACGCCUACCUGGACUGCGUGGAGCGCGCCGACUACAGCGGCGCCGCUCGACGCACGCUGCGCCGCGGCUACGCGACGCAAGAACUGCAACACAUUUCGGUGCUGGGCUCGACGCUGUUCCUGCCGGUGUGGCGCAACAGCUCGGUGGCGCUGGUGUCGCGGCUGGCGGGCGGCGGCGCGGCGCGGGCGCUGGCGCUGCCGGCGCGGCCCACGGGCGCGCUGGCCUUCCACGCGGCGCGCCAGCCGCCACACCCGCACCCCUGCGCGCGCGACAACGGCGGCUGCCAGCACCUGUGCCUCACCGCCUACGCGCGCGGCGCCCCGCUCGCGCACUGCGCCUGCCGCCACGGCCACCGCGCCGCCGGCCUGCCAGCGCGUGCGCCUGCCCGCCUACCUGCUGCUGGCGCGCGGCGCGCCGCCGCUCGUGCAGGCGCUGGCGCCCGAGCCGCGCGGCGAGGAGGCGGCCGCGCCCGUCACCGACGCCGCGCGCCCCACCGCCGCCGACGUCGACGUGCCCGCCGACUACCUCUACUACUGCGACGUGCACCGGUACGAGAUCGUGCGCCAGAAGCUGGACGGCAGCGGGCGCGAGGUGUUCGCCGGCCGCGACGUCGACAACUGCGAGGGCUUGGCGGUGGACUGGAUGGGACGCAACCUGUACUGGACGGACGAGGCGCUGGGCACGCUGAGCGUGGCGCGGCUGGACGCGCCGGCGCAGCGCCGCGUGCUGGUGCGCGACGACGACUACCAGCACUACCACCCGCGCGCCAUCGCGCUGCACCCCGCCAACGGCACGAUGUACUGGUCGGUGUGGGCGGGGCGCGGCGCGGGCGGGCGCAUCGAGGCGGCGCACAUGGACGGCAGCGCGCGCCGCACGCUGGUGGCGGCCGCGCUGCACUGGCCCGCCGGCCUGGCGCUGUCGGAGCGCGGCGAGCUCUACUGGUGCGACACCUACCUCAACAAGAUCGAGCGCCUGGCGCUGGCCUCGGGCGAGCGCUCGCUGGUGGCGGCCGACGCGCCCGACGCGCCGCUGCUCAAGCCGUACGGGCUGGCGCUGCACGAGGGCGCCGUGCUGUGGAGCGAGCACGGGUCGGGCGCGGUGCGGCGGCGCGGCGCGGACGGCGCGGUGGCGGAGCUGUACCGCGUGCCGCCGCCGCUGUACGGGCUGACGCUGGUGGCGGCGGCGGCGCGGCGCGGACACAACGCGUGCUCGCGCGACAACGGCGGCUGCGCGGAGCUGUGCCUGGCGCGGCCGGGCGGGCGCGAUGCGCGUGCGGGAGAACCGCGCCGGGCGCCGCCGCGCGUGCGCGAGGAGCGGCCGCGGCGCCGCGCCCGCCGCCCUGCCCGCCCGGCACCCACGCCUGCUUGAACGGGUCGACGCGCUGCCUCGAGCCGCAGUACGUGUGCGACGGCGACCGCGACUGCGCCGACGGCUCCGACGAGGACUCCGCGCCCGGCGGGCCCUGCGCUAACGUGACGUGCGCGGCCGACCAGUUCAUGCGCUGCGACACCAACCGCUGCAUCCCCAACUCGUGGGUGUGCGACGGACAGAAGGACUGCAACGACGGCGCGGACGAGGCCGCGGCCGCGUGCUCGCGCGCCGCCUGCCGCCCGCAGCAGUUCCAGUGCGCCGCCAGCCGGCGCUGCAUCCCGCUGUGGUGGCGCUGCGACGGCGCGCCCGACUGCGGCCGCGGCGACGCCAGCGACGAGCUCGCCUGCGCCGCGCGGCCCUGCAGCGCCGCCAUGUUCCCCUGCGACAACGGCGCCUGCCUGCCCUGGGACUACCACUGCGACGGCCACGCCGACUGCGCCGACGCCAGCGACGAGCGCGCCUGCGCCGCCGCGCCGCCCGCGCCCGCGCCCGCGCCCGCGCCCGCCUGCGAGGAGCACGAGUUCCAGUGCAACAACUCGGAGUGCAUCCGGCGCGAGUUCCGCUGCGACGCGCACGUGGACUGCCGCGACGGCUCGGACGAGGCGGGCUGCGCGGCGCCGGGGCCCGCCUGCGCCGCGCCCGCGCUGCGCUGCGACAACGCGACGCGCUGCGUGCCGCUGCACCAGCUGUGCGACGGCGCGCCCGACUGCGCCGACGGCGCCGACGAAGCCGACCGCUGCGGCGAGCCCAUGUGCGCGGUGUCGGCGUGCUCGCACGCGUGCCACGCGGCGCCGGGCGGGCCCGUGUGCGCGUGCCCGGCGGGGCUGGCGCUGGGCGCGGACGGCGCCACGUGCGAGGCGCGCGCCGCGUGCGAGGCGUGGGGCGCGUGCGCGCACGUGUGCGUGCCCACGCGCGCCGGACACAAGUGCGCCUGCGACGCCGGCUACCGCCUGGCCGACGACGGCCGCAACUGCAAGAGCACGGACGGCACCACGCCGCUGCUGGUGUUCAGCAACCGGCACGAGGUGCGCGGCGUGGAGCUGCCGGCGCUGACGGCGCGCGCGCUCAUCUCCUCGCUGAAGAACACCAUCGCGCUGGACUGGCGCCGCGACCCCGCCUCGGGCCUGCUGCAGCUGUACUGGACGGACGUGGUGGACGACAACAUCUACCGCGGCACCAUCGUGGGCGGCGCGCUCAGCGGCAUCGAGCCCGUGGUGCGCCAGGGGCUGUCCACGGCCGAGGGGCUGGCGGUGGACUGGGUGGCCGGCAACCUGUACUGGGUGGAGAGCAGCCUGCACCAGAUCGAGGUGGCGCGGCUGGACGGGCGCUACCGGCGCACGCUGCUGGCGGGCGACAUGGACAGCCCGCGCGCCGUGGCGGCCGACCCGCGCCUGGGCUACCUGUUCUGGAGCGACUGGGAGCAGGCGGCGCCGCGCAUCGAGCGCGCGUCGCUGGCGGGGCGGGCGCGGCGCGUGCUGCUGCGCGUGGACGCGCUGGCGGGCGGCGCGUGGCCCAACGGGCUGGCGCUGGACUACCGCGCGCGCCGCCUCUACUGGGUGGACGCGCGCUCCGACUCCAUCCACACCAGCACGUACGACGGCGCCGACGCGCGGCAGGUGCUGCGCGGCCACGCGGCGCUGUCGCACCCCUUCGCCAUCACGGUGUUCGAGGCGCACGUGUACUGGACGGACUGGCGCUCCAACAGCGUGGUGCGCGCCUCCAAGUGGGACGGCAGCGACGUCACCGUGGUGCAGCGCACGCUCACGCAGCCCUUCGACCUCAAGGUGCUGCACCCCAGCCGCCAGCCGCCCGCCGCGCGCAACCCCUGCGCCGGCGGCGGCGGCUGCUCGCACCUGUGCCUCAUCCACUCGCCCGCCGAGCGCGACUGCGCCUGCCCGCACCUCAUGCGCCUGGCCGCCGACAACGUCACCUGCGAGCCGCACGAGAAGGUGCUGCUGAUCGCGCGCGCCGGCGAGAUCCGCGGCGUGGACCUGGAGGCGCCGCAGGUGCACAUGAUCCCCACGGUGUCGGGCCCGCACGUGACGCAGCCCGCCGGCCUGCAGUUCGCGGCGGCGGCGCGCGAGCUGUACUGGGCCGACUCGGAGAGCAGCGAGCUGCGCGCGGCGCCGCUGGCGGGCGGGCCGGCGCGCGUGCUGGCCGACAGCGGCGUGGAGCAGCCGCGCGGCUUCGCGCUGGACUGGGCGGCCGGCGUGCUGUACUACACGUCGCGCGGCGCGCUGCUGGCGGCGCGGCUGGCGGGCACGCACACGGCGCAGCUGCGGCGCCUGCACAACGCGUCGGCGCUGGCCGUGGACCCGCGCCGCGGCCGCCUGUACUGGGCGGCGCGCGAGCCCGACGCCGAGCGCCUCACGGCCGCCACGGGCGCCGCCACCCGCCCCCGCGCGCUGCUGGACUCGCGCGCCGACCCGCGCCUCGCCGGCGUCACCAGCCUGUGCGUGGACGUGGACGCCGACCGGCUGUACUGGGUCAACAGCGGCUCCUCCACCAUACAGUACAUCGACGUCGCUACCGGUAAAGUCACCACGCUGGAGCUGGGGCGCGGCGCGCGGCCCACGGCGCUGGAGGUGUACGGCGACACGCUGGUGUGGGCCGACGCGGGCGAGGCGGCGCUGCGCGCGUGCGACAAGCUCGCCUGCGGGGCCGCGUCCGCGCGCGUGCUGCGCAACAACACGGAGGGCGUGGUGGCGCUGCGCGUGUACGACGCGGCGCUGCAGCGCGGCGCGCCGGGGCCCUGCGCGCGGCGCGCCCGGCCCUGCGCGCACCUGUGCCUGCCCGUCAGCGAGCACGACAGCGAGUGCCGCUGCGCCGCCGGCUACGACGCCCGCGACACGGCCUGCAUCGCCGUGGACGAGGUGCUGGUGUACUCGCUGAGCUGGGAGCUGCGCGGCGCGGCGCUGCAGGAGCCGGAGCCGGAGCCGCGCGCGCUGCUGCCGCCCGUGCCGCAGCUGUCCGUCGCCUCCGCCAUCGACUACGACGCGGCGGGCGAGUGGCUGUUCUGGGUGGACUCGGAGGCGGGCGCGGUGUGGCGCGUGCGGCGCGACGGCUCGGGGCGCGCGCGGCUGGCGGCGGGCGGCGCGGGCGACGCGGCCGACUGGCCGGCGGCGCUGGCGGCCGACUGGCGCGCGCGCAACCUGUACUGGUCCGACCCGCGGCGCCGCCUGCUGCUGGUGGCGCGCUACGACGGCGCGCACCGCUACGUGCUGCUGGACACCGAGCCGCUGGCCGUCACGGCGCUGGCGCUGGACCCGGCCGCCGGCUGGCUGUUCCUGGGCGGCGGGGCGGCGUGCAGCGCGCGGCCGACGGCUCCCGCG